CGUAACAGUAGUAGUAACAGUAGUAGUAGUAGUAGUAGUAGUAGUAACAGUAGUAGUAACAGUAGUGGCAGUAGUAGUAGUAGUAGUAGCAGUAGUAGUAACAGCAGUAGUAGUAGUAGUAGUUGUAGUAGUAGUAACAGUAGUAGUAGCAGCAGUAAUAACAGUAGCAGCAGUAGUAGUAGUAGUAGUAGUAGUAGUAGUAGUAGUAGUAACAGUAGUAGUAGCAGCAGUAAUAACAGUAGCGGCAGUAGCAGUAGUAGUAGUGGUAACAGUAGAAGUAGCAGUAGUAAUAACAGUAGCGGCAGUAGUAGUAGUAGUAACAGUAGAAGUAACAGUAGUAGUAACAGCAUUAAUAACAGUAGCAGCAGUAGUAGUAGUAGUAGUAGUAGUAGUAGUAGUAGUAGCAGUAGUAGUAGUAGUAACAGUAGUAGUAGCAGCAGUAAUAACAGUAGCGGCAGUAGUAGUAGUAGCAGUAGUAGUAGUAGUGGUAACAGUAGAAGUAGCAGUAAUGGCAGUAGUCGUAAGAGUAGUAGUAACAGUAGAAGUAACAGUAGUAGUAGUAGUAGUAACAGUAGCAGUAACAGUAGUAGUAACAGUAGUGGCAGUAGCAGUAGUAAUAACAGUAGUGGCAGUAGUAGUAGUAGCAGUAGUAGU